AUAGCAACAACUCAUUAAACAUGCAUACCAAUCACAUCAAAUGACGAUCACACACAGAUAAGUAGAGACCAAAGUGUAGAUGUAGUGUGUGUUUUGGUGACAAAACAGAUGAUGUCAUUUGAAAUGUGUUUCAGGAUAUCAUGUGCUAAUCGCAUUUAAGGAUAAAAUGCUGUCGAUCAAACAAACAUCUGAACUUUACUGACUAUAUGAUUCAAAGCUGAUGACGUCAGUAACAAGAUAAAUUUAAUUUUAAAAGAAGAAUAUUCUGAUUCUAAGAGUGUCAAUAAUUAUGUCAAUGUCAUCAUCCAGCCUUCCACCAUUACAAAAUCUGCCACAGUGGCCUAGGAUACACUCCCUGGACAAAUCACGCUAUCCAAAGCCAUUCCUACGUGACCAGAUACAGGUGCUACCACCGCCCAGGCAGGUUAAAGAGCUAGGGGACAGUUUUGAUGUAGCUAGUUCAGUUUCAGGUGAUAUGGAUCAAACAGCUAGGCUACAACACCUUGAGAAAAGUAUAGACUUUUUAAAACACCAGCACAAAGAGGUGCUUAGAAGUUUACAUGAGGAAAUUGGCCAUUUGAAACAAGAAAAUAAAGAUUUUCAUUUUAAACUAAUAAUGGCGAGAGGAAACAGCCCACCUGUCAAAGAUAAAAGUAAUGAUUCUUUAAAGUCAAUAGCGAGUACAGAUGAAGGUGUUCCUGUUAUUGCACAAGCUGUGUCGUUAGAUGCAUUCAAAGCACGUUUCCUAGAAGAGGAGCAGCGUGAAUUGAGGUAUGCGCUACAAGAAGCACGCAACAGAAAUACGUAUCUACAACAAAUGUUGGAGCAAGCUCUCAAUAGAAGGACACCACAUAAUGAAGUCAGUCAACAAACAACCCCACCCCAUCGAGGUCUGACUCACCAAGACCCCCCUAUGCCUGUUUCUACCAAUCCACUCAAAAUCCAACGGCCUACCGAUGCAUCUCCCCGAUCCCCCACACUGGAGGAAUGUGAGGUUAUUAUUAGGCAUCUACAAGAAGUAAAUGAAAGGCAAGGUUAUGAGUUGACGAGAUUAAAAGCAGACUUAAAAGACGUUCUUUACUCACAUAAGUGGACACCGGAUGCGUAUUUAUUAGCGAAGGCAUAUGUGGCGGAAGAAGAGGGCGCUGCCACUGCCGAAGGAGAAGGAAAGUCCCCUCGAGUGGCGCUAAAGAACCAAUCCAGGAAAAUACCUGAUGCAGCAUUCCAGAAGGACACAAUAUCACUACCUCCCCUUCCCCAGACACACGGCAACAAAGUAGCAGAGAGGCAGAGAAGGGUGGAGGCCAUCAAGAGACAGAAACACACCCAGGUCUCCUUCUAAAUGUUUUAGCCUUGCGAACAUAAUUCAAUCUUUGUAGUGAAGAGAGAUUCUUAAUCAUGGAAUAAUAAUGUAAACAAUAAAGUUAUUAUGGCUUUAAAGCAGAAUUUUUCAUGUUCCUUGAUAUUAUAUACCUUGUCUAUUUAUUAUCAUAUCUAAAUUUUAAAUGCAAAUCUUUUUGAUCAUGUUUUAAAUUCUCGUCUGAUUUAGUAGGCUUGGUUAUACGCAGAGUAGAUUUAUGUUGGCGAUGAUGUCUUUAUCAAGUCUUACUGUCAAUAAUGAUGUCAUUUUGUUAAUAUCAGUAAAUUUCUCUUCAUAACAACUUCUUUUUAUAUAUAGGUGGAAAUGUACUGAAUACUCAGUACGUUUGAAAACAAUUACACCUAUACAUGUUUCUCCUGACGCACAUCCAGUUAUUGUCUAUUCCAUCACGACAAUAACAAUUACUAUCAACACUACAGAACCUGCUGCUUACUUGGACUCGAAUUCAACCCUGGCCAUCAGGCGCAACAUCGGUGGUCUUGAAGUAUGAUGCCAGGCUUGUGGUUUGAGUCCCACCCGAGAACUUGCAAUUUUUUUCGCAAUUUUUUUCAAACAUACUGAGUAUUCAGUACAUUUCUAUAUCAGGUAGGGCAAAAUUACACCUAUACAUGUUUCUCCUGACGCAAAUCCAGUUGUUAUCUAUUCCAUCACGACAAUAACAAUUACUAUCAACUACUUUUUAAUUAUUUUCUAAUUAUUAAAAAUAUAAUAUAUGCUGAAUGCAAAAAAAUAUUUUUGGUAUUUAUAGUGUAAAAGCUUUUCUAGCAAAUGUGAAAGAAUAUUUGUGAUUCAUAUGUUUCAUGAACUCAGUAUAAACAUUUUAAUAUUAAUGUGGAGCAUGCUUUUACUAGUUCAGCUACAGUAAUGUGUUCAAUCUUGCAAAGAACCAUUAAUUCCAAGCCUCCUUAAAAAUAUGCUUAUAGAGCAUGAAGGGUCCCAGAUGUUGAGCUUCACUGUAUUAUUACUACAGUAGUGGACUUAAUAUUUUUUAAUGGAGGCCAAAAAUGUGCUGUUUUUAAUCAAUAUACAAUAAUUGUAUCAUGCAUUUGUGAGGCAUUCUUCACAACUUGUGUUAAAAAAGAAAAGAUAAUUUCACUCAUUUUCAUUUUGUAAAACUCUAAAAUAUUUUUCUUAAUAUUAUUUAGUUUUGGCCAAUCAGCAGCUUAGUAUUACGUUUUUUUUUCUCAAAUUUACUUUGUUAUGGAUGAAUUCAUUUUCAUAUCUCCAUGGGUUUUUUAAAAAAUAUUAUUUAGUUAUAGAAAUUCAGCAGCUUAGCAAUAUUUCUUUUAUCAUAUUAUUUUAAAUGUUUUAUUUAGUACACAGGAUUAGAAUCUGGACACCUGAAUUAUUAGGUAAAACCAAAGUAUUUGUAAAUUUAUGUAGAUAAACAAAAGGUUUAUGUAAAAUAUUUUAUUUGUAAAUUGGACAAUAAACAAAAAGUUCCAAAAAUGCAGUACAGUAGAACCAUGUUAAGAAAAAAAGCUAUCUAAAAAUUAAUGCAAGAUGAAAUAAAUAAUAGUAAAGCAUAUAUUUCUUACAAAUAAGUAGAUGAAAUAAAAUGAACAUUUGUGAAGAUAUUUAUUUAUUUCAGUGCUUUCAAACAAAAACACCAAUAAAAUAUUGUCAAUCGUAUAAAUAUUUACAUUGCUGGUUCAUGGCUUUAGUGCUGCUAAUGCCUAACUGCAACAGAUGACAUAUUGAUAUGAAUAUUUAUUAUUUGCAAAAAAAAAAAAACUAAAUAGAUUUAGACAAAUUUAAAGAACAUAAGUUAAAUUUGAUUUUAAGUUCAUUUUAACAGAAUCGCUGCUCAGUGGUUGAUGUAGAUAUUCAGAAUCUCUAACUCCCUCAGACUAAAGAUCUCUAUAGUAGAAACCACAUUAUGUUUAAUGCAAUCUUUUAAGUCAAUUGAGUUCACUUUAGUACAGAAAAUCCAGACCAUAUUGUAUGCUUAUGCAAAUACAAUUAAAAUACAGUAAAUAGUAAAACAUAGUUUAAGGCUUUCUUUUUGUUGGUGCUUUUUGCCAGUUUACUAAAUUGUAAGAUAUUAAGAACAUGAUCUGAUUGUAUUUAACUUAGUGUAUUGUUGUGUUUAAAUGUGUGUGAAGUAAUUAAAAUAGCAAAAUGCAAGACUAAAAA